AUUGACAUUACAAGUGGCCUCUGCUGUAAGUCAUAAAUUGUGUUUAACUCGCAGGCAGUGUGGACAAGGAAUGCUCUCCUGCGUAGGAAAAGAAUAAUCCUAACUAACAUUAAAAAAGUGUACUGUGAUUGGAGUUGUUGAACUGUAUACAAGACAGCUGAUUUAUGACGUACUAGAUGAUAGACAAUACAUUCUAAUAUUGUAGACAUUAGUCUCAAUUGUAUCUAUGGUUUAUACAGAGAACUAUAUCACAACAAUAGAGCCGCCCAAGUGAGGAUCCAACUAACUUUCCCAGGUAUACAAGGUAAUAACGAAGUAGUUAUACAGGCGCAAUAAGGAAUCUUCUAAUUUAGGAUGGAUGAUUUGAAUGAUGACCGUAUUGUGUUGGUCUGCCACGAAGAGGCAGUAGCGAAUUUGAAUAAGAGUGAUACUUGUGUAAGUCCAUCUAACAUAAGAAGUACGGUAAGAUAUAACACACAAUGUGCAAAGAUCACUGUCAAAAGAGGGGCCAUAUCUGCAAUACUUUUCAUAGUAAUUACGGCGAUUGUGCUUGGAAUAUGUUUUCUUGUAUUUAGAGAUACCGACCCAAUGCCGAAGUGUUACACCGAAUCAAAAAGCCGUGAAGUCUGCAAAUGGGGUCUGAGAGUAGACAAAGCUGAUCAUAGGUGCCGUUUUGAUCUUGAAAAGGAUUGCAGUUAUUUAUGCACGGUAGGCGGUGAUAAUUUUACGUCUGAAGACUUCGAAAGACACCAGCCCUUUGAAGUCAAUUUUGAGGGUGAAGGUUACGGUCCAAUCAUGAUGACUGAAUCAUAUGCACAGAUUUUAUUUCAGUGGGAGAACUCCGGCAGAAUGAGGGUUGCUCUUGAUAAUAACAUCACUUGCAAUGGAUUUUAUAUAGGAUCAUACAGUGAUAGGUCACUAUUUCAACCGCCAUACGCUCGUUUCUGUCCGAUAGAGCUGAAGAAGAAGUAUUUAGAAGACCGAUACAACACGCAGUGUGCAAAUUUGACACUGGACGGGGCAUGCGACUAUUGUUUCCCAGUCACAAAAUUGUACUCUGAAUUGCCGUAUAGGUAUGAAGUCAACGGAUCAUCUCGACUGUUUUUCCCAUCUUGGCUCAGCAUCUAUAAUUACAUUGACAAAUUUAAAGGCCUUAAAAUUGCAAGGAUUCUGACUCCUUCGUACAUAGUAAGAAGUGGUCGGAUGGUACCUGUAAGAAGAGACUUUUACGCCCCUCUUGGAUCUUCAAUGGUAUGGUCUGUAACUAAACCGUCAGAGGCCAAGAAAUCGGGACACAUAAAACCCGUUGAAAUGUGCUAUAGCUUUAGCAUACAUCUAUUAUGAACUGUGUAACUUCAGGUUGUAUGCACAUUAACUUUGCGUCAAACCUUCCAACCUUUACAGUAAGUUUGCGUACUUGCUGUGUUUAUUUGCGUAGGUGCGUGCGUGUGCGUGUGCUGCUUCAGCUUUUCUCUUUUAUGCAAAAGAUUCCGUGUUUUAUUUAUAGUCGUCACCGGUAACUCAUGUCGGCAACUUCUUUAGAAGCAAGUUAGUUAUUUAAGUUGGAGAACAGUGCAAGAUAUAGACGACACUCAACUUCUAGGAGUGCCCUGAUUCAGCAUGCCGGUGUAAUGAAGUAUUUCGACCCCCCCGGUCAUUAUUCUAUAGAAAAUGUGACUCCUUUCCUAUAAAAUAUUGACUCCCCUUAUAAAAAACUGACUCCCUUUGGAAACUCUAUAGAAUAACGACCCCCGGUCAUUAUUCUAUAGAAAAACUGACCUCUCCAAGUAAAAUACUGACUCCCUAAAGAUGACUCCCUUCGAAUCUCAUAGAAUAACGACCCCGGUUAUUAUUCUAUAGAAAAAGUGACUCCUUCCAUGUAAAAUACUCACUGCCGAAAUUACUAUAUUCGAACUCUCAUACAAUAUCGGUUCCUGGACAUUAUUCUAUUUAAAAAAGUUACUCUUUCCGUGUAAAACACCGGCUUCUAAAAAGACUUUCGACGAUAAUAUCUAUUAAAAAGUGAUCCCCACCAAACCUAACGGACAAUUUUACUAGAUCUACAACUCUAAUACCCUCCAUUGCCAAUAACAUUUUGAUUGUACUACUACUACUGGUGCCGCUACUUCUAUUGCUAUUACUACAUGUACUUCUUCUUCUUCUACUACUACUACUUCUACUUCUACUACUACUACAACUGCUACUACUGAUACUGCUAUACCUGCUUCCACUAAUACGUCUUGUACAUCUACCUCUUCUUCUCCCGCUGCUGUUGUUGCUGUCACUUAUUCCUCUGCUGCUGCUGCUGCUGCUGCUGCUGCUACUGCCGCUGCCGCUACCACUGCCACUACUACUACUACUACUACUACUAUUACUACUUCUUUCUACUGUUGCCGCUACCGUACUUUACUGCCACUGCUAAGUAUUGCAACUUCUAUUAAUACUAAGUUCUAUGCUAGCAGUUUUCUACUGAAGAAUUACGUCAUACCGAAGUUUGCAGGGAUUAUUGACACUGGUGUGUUUCGUGAACGUAUUGUGAAUUGUUAUUCUCCUGAAAAAAAUGUAUACACCAAGAUACAGCGUCUAGAAAUAGAAUCCCUUUUCCCGUUGCGGAAUGCUCUGAUUUCUGUGUCAAGUGAUGGUAUCUGGGGCUAAUGGUCAAACGGACGGACGGACGGACGGACAAGGGCAAAUCUAUAUGCCCCCCUCCCCGAGUGGGGGCAUAAAAUGCAGCAAUUAGGCCUUAGAUACACGAGUUAUCACUAAAUUUGACCAAAUGACCGGGGGUCGUUUUUUUAUGGGAGUCAAUAUUCUUCGUGAGGUUCAGUUUACUUCACGUGGGGGAGUCAUAGUACUAUGAUCUGGAGGUCAUAAUACUAUGACCGGGGGGUCACUUUUUCUAUAGAAUAAUGACCGGGGGGUCAUUAUUCUAUGGGGGUCGAAAUAUUUCAUUACACCGGCUGUAAACAUUCAUAAAGGAGGACUCUUACCCUAAAGUUAGUAAUUUUAAUAAUUGAAGACAGGAGAUCGAACUCACGAUCCCUGGUUUUGUAGUCAGACUGCGUCCGUCCGUUCCUGCAAAUGUUGACCACUGGUUGUCGCCGGAAACACUCGGGCGUAUGUAAGACAAGUUUUUCUAGCACCGGCGAUGUACGGGGAAAUCAUGCCAGAAAAGGAAAAUGUUUAAGGAGAAGACCAAGUGGCGUAAGGCGUUUGAUUCUGUAAAGAGGAACUUGCUAUGGCAAAAAUUAGCCGAUAUUUGUAUCUCGCCUAAAAUGCUGUGUUGUUCAACAUCUAUAUUAAUGAUCUUGCAAUGUUGUUAAAAGUCUAGGCAAAGGAAUUAGCAAUUUGUAUACUUAUGUAUGCAGAUGACUUUGUGCUGGCCGAAAGCGAAACUGAUUUACAAAUCAUGUUAACAUCUUUAAACGAUUAUGUAUUUCCAACUUUAUGUCUGUAAAUUGUAGUAAAAGUAAUAUUAUCCAGUUCAGACCAGUAAGAGUGCAGAGAUCUGAUUAUAUAUUCACUUGUGGUCAGUCAGUAAUAGAAUAUGCAGAUUAAUACUUGUAUUUGGGUAUCUUGUUGUCUGAACACCUUGACUUUAAUGUAACUGCAAAAAACGCAGCACAGAGUGCUGGCCGUGCUCUUGGUCGUCUUAUUGUAAAAUUCAAAAAUAGUGGUGGUUUGCCUUACAAUGUUUGCCUUACAAUUUUGGUUGAACAAUUGAAAUCUGUCUGUAAUCAUUGGAGCCGUUGCCUGAAUUAUGACAGGUCGAGAGUUAAUAAGAAAAUAUUUGACUGGACAUGGCACAAAGGCAACAAUAGGUGUAAAAACUGGGUUUACAUUGCGAACAGUAAGCUACAGUCACUUGGGCUAAAUUCUUACUUGCAAUUGCCUUUCUCACGACGGCAGCUACUGACUGAUAUGUCUGAAAUUAUAAUGAAUGAUCACAUUGCUCAAUGGAGGGCUGAUUUAGAAAGAAUACACAGUGUAAAUGGCACUGCCCGUAAUAAAUUGAGAACAUAUAGUCUAUUUAAUCAUUUCCACAUAGGUCUGAUAUAGUGCAUCGUCAAAAUUUAUUGAUCAUCUUUUAAGGCUCUUUUAUGCACUUCAGUGCAUGAUUAGCGAACACUUCCUAAUCCUUAUAAUGUAUAUAUACUUAAUUGCAAGUGGAAUAUAAAAACGUGAUGUAUGAUAUACCAAAAUGGUGUAGUAUUUGUAUAAAGUCUCUUGUAACUCUUACUAGAGUGGCCAUUUACAUUAUAUUUUAUGUGCAGUAUUUUAUAUGUUUAUGUAAAUUGAUUCGUGUAAAUAGAUGAGUCUCAAAUAA